UUAUUUGGACAUAUUAUCUUCAACACAAAACAAACAUCCAAUUCUAAAUUCUCCACCAUCUCCAAAUGGCGUUUCGUAUGCAGCUAUCAUCCUCAUCUCUCAAGCUCCCCCACAAAAAUCAUCUCCCUCUCUUCACAAAUCCUUCACUUUCCCCGCAGCCACCUUCAUGGCCUUCUUCCCUUCGCUCCAAUUCUUGGAACUUCUUCAUGUCCGGCACUCUCUCUCUUGCUCUCUCUCUCUCCGGAGUAGGAUGUGCUGAAGGAAAAGUAGGGGUGAACAAGCCAGAAUUACUACCUAAAGAUUUCACUACUGUAAUUGAUGUUGCAGGUUUCCUAUCUGAUGGCCAGGAAAAGAGAAUUUCGCAGGAGAUAGCCGCCCUUGAAAAAGAUACGGGAUAUAAGUUGAGAGUUCUUGCGCAGAAUUAUCCUGAUACGCCUGGACUAGCAAUCAAGGAUUUCUGGAAAGUGGAUGAUAAUACAAUUGUAUUUGUUGCUGAUCCCACAUUUGGAAAUAUACUUAACUUCAACGUCGGGGCUUCCAUUGAUUUAGACGUACCACGCAGCUUUUGGAGCCGGCUAGCUGGGAAAUAUGGAAACAUGUUUUAUUGGAAAGAAAAGGUUAGAUUUCUUCGCCCUAUUCUGUGUCCGACCACACACUUCCAAUAUCUACGAGAAUUUAUACUGAUAAGAUCAUUGUAUCUCGAAGGGAGAAGAUACUGCUAUUGAAUCUGCUGUCAUGGCCAUAUCGACUUGCCUAAGAGAACCAGCGGGUGCCAAUAGUUGCUCAGAGGUAAACUAAAAUCUGCAAUAGUGGGAAUUUGCUCUCUUUAACCGGAAAUUCUAUAGAGGAAAUCGACAACAUCUCUCUUCAUGUCAGAGCGAAUGUUUUGUAUGGCAACGUAGAGGAAUGGUCUUAUCUUUUAUCAUCAUCUGCGAAGUCAUUACAUCUCUUUGUAUCUAUUAUUACAUCUAUGUAUGAUAUGAACAAACAUUAGCAUAUCUGUAUAUACAAUUCCAAGUCAUUCUAAUUAUCACCAUAUCUAUGUGUAUCUAUUAUUGUUUA